AUGGGCCUCAUCGACCUCCCGGAUGAUGUCCUGUUCGAUUUAACUUGGUAUCUCUCUAUUGAGGACGUGUUGUCAUUGAAACAGACAUGCCGUGCACUGCAUGCAUUCGGAUCCUCGGAUUACUUAUGGCGUCGCAUGAUCCAGGACGUCGAGCUGCCUUUGGACCUUCCGUCGGGUGUACGUACAAGUUCACUGUCACACGAUGAGCUACGGAGUGCCGCAAUCAAAGCGAUGCGCUUGGACGCAAACUGGAGUCGUCGGAAGCCGCUCCUGAAGCGCGUCAAGCCUCUCGUGCGCGACGGGAACGGCCCAUUCGUUGACGAUGUGCAAUUCGUACCCGGCGGCAAGUGGCUCUUAACAGUGCAGCGAUACCUUCAAAUCCACUGGACCACGCGCAUAGUUCUCUGGUCCUUGGAGGAUUUGGAGAAUGCCUACAGGGUUGCAGUCAUCGAGACUACUGGGUCCCAUCGCAGCUCGUCUUUGGAUGUCCAAGAUGAUGGUCAGUCUAUAACGGUCGUGACUGGUCUGUCCGGCUGUCAAGAAAUUCUGGAGGUCUAUGCCAUAUCCUUGCAAGAUCCGGAUGACUUCUCGUAUCACAUUACGGCAACCCCGCCGCUGUCUAGACGGAUUGUGCUGCCCCCGCAUCCUCGCGACCCGGAACAGACGCCGGUCAUACAUGAACUGACUGCUGUUGAAGAUGUCAUUGCCGGGACCGCGCUGGUGAAUGAGCAUCUGUCUCUGCAGAUCUUUCUAGCCAGCAGCGAAUCUGGCUACUUUAGGUGGGUCGAUCCAGAGAUCACUGAGUCAAUCUCGAUAUCGUGGGUGAAGCUAUAUAAUGGGCAUCUUAUCCUAUUAGGCAUGAUCGGUCCUAGCUUGGUGCUACGCAUAUACAAACUUCCCAACGCUGUCAACGGAGGCCUACACGCUGGAUCAAGCGGCUUGCUCGAUCAAGGAUGUGCUGAUCUUGGACCCGUAAUCUAUCAAGCCUCACAAGAACUCAAGCACGAAACGGAGCUGCAAAACAUCAGCCGUGUGUCGUCCCCGUCGACAUCGUCUAUAUCCGUCCUCAUGAUCUACACGCUCCGCAACCAGCCCACCAGCAUCGGCCAAGUGAUGCGCUUCUCGCUCCCCUUCUCGCCUCGGACUAUGUCAUUCGCGUGCGAGACAAAGUACUUCCUGCUGUCCUCCGAGGUCUGGGUGCCCCUUGCACAGGUCGGCCCCACGGGCCGCGCCGUUUGGCUUGAUCAUAACUGGGAGACUGAGCGAAGGAGUCUCCUGCGAUAUCACCCCAGACCCUGCGUUGCCAUUUACGCCGAGCGGAUCACAUUCGAUGGCAUUCGAUGA